AGUGAAUCGUAUAUAUUGUCGAAUACAUUUACUGCUGAAAAAUGAAAAAGCCAAUAUCCGUAAUUUUUUUACUUGUGUUUUUAUUGAGUAGCUGUGUUUUUGGCAAUCAAACAUUUUCUACUGGUAAUAACGUUUCUGAUACUUGUCAAACACCUGUUUGUCAUAAUGUUGCUUCACGACUCUUGCAUGACAUGGAUCCAAGUGUUAAUCCUUGCGAUGACUUUUAUAAAUUUACCUGUGGAGGUUAUUUAAAUUCUACUUUAUUAAUUAACAAUCUGCAUCACACAAGUAAAUCUACUGAAUUAAAAACAAGUCUUGCCAGAACUUUAUACAAUACAUGUAAAAAUAAAAAAGGUACUAUAUGGAAAUUUAUGAAGGCUAUUGAACACUGGCCUGUCCUCAAAGGAUCUAAAUGGAAUGAAAGUACAUUUGAUUUUCGUAAAAGCAUGUUUAAAGUUGGUAAUACAACACAAUGGAAAAAUUAUUUAUUUCGGCUUUAUUACACUUAUGGUCGUUCGAUCGCUGUGGAGCCAUAUCCAACUGGAUUAAGUCCAGAAGAUUUAGUUCAAGGUCUCAAUAAUACUAAAGUAAAUGAAUACUACAAUAGCAUGAUAAAUUUAGCAAAAAAAAAUAAUGUUUCGAUACAUAAUACUAAUUACGAAGAUGAUUUAAAAAAAAUUCUUGAUUUUGAAAUUGAACUAGCUCGUGCCAGACUUUUGCCAUUACAAAAUUUAAACUCAACUUCUAAUGAAGUUCGAAUGACACUUGUAAUUUCAUAUAUAGUGCUUCAGAGUGAUUUUUUUGAUAUUGAACAACCAAAUUACAUGAACUAUGGUGCUUUGGGAACUACAAUAGGCCACGAAAUGACACAUGGUCUUGAUAUUAAGGGAAUAAAUUAUGAUGCAAACGGUCGUUGGAAUGAUUCACAGUGGACAUCAUUUUCAAAAAAUAAUUUUCAUAACAAAUCCAAAUGCAUCAUUGAACAAUAUAACAACUUUACAGUACCAGAAGUUGGAUUAAAUGUAAAUGGAACUAUUACUCAAGGUGAAACCGUUGCAGAUAACAGUGGAAUAAAAGCUGCUUAUCGAGCUUAUAAAGAGUUAUUAAAUAAUGAUAAAAAACUUCCUGGUUUGGAGUACACUCCAGAACAACUAUUUUGGAUAAGUUUUGCAAAUUCUCGGUGUGAAAUAAAUUCAAAUGAAUUGUUAAGAAAUAAAUACCUUUCUGAUGUACAUCCACCAAUUAAAUUUCGAGUAAUUGGUGCAUUAUCAAAUAUGCCAGAGUUUGCAAAAGAUUUCAACUGUCCAUCUGGAUCCAACAUGAAUCCAACUAAAAAAUGUUCUGUUUGGUAA